AUGUUGAAGCAAUGGUUUAGGAAAGUGACUUUAGAUGCGAUAUUAUUUUUUAGUCGCUUAUCGCAAGCUGAGUAUACACUAACAAACAUCUCAUCGCCAUCAAAUGAAACCCUUUUGGUGCAAGAUAUUAGUCCCAUAAAAUACCCAAUUCUUGUUUUUGAGCCAGAACCAUUGGCGCAAGUGUCCACCAUCAGUGGUGGACACUUGCCCCGGUACUCGCCGACGACGGUGACGACAAUGGAUAGGUCAACGCCACAGGAAAACGAUACCGUUUCAUCUAAUGAUUCGGUGAUAGACAAUUGUCAUUUCAUGUCCUUUGAAGAAUGGAAGAAGCAGAAAAAGGAGUUGGUUGAUGUGUCUAUGAAUAUAUCCAAGAACCGUACUGAAAUGGCCAACUCUGCGGUCUCUAUGCUUUCCAAAAAUGCCACCAUUGACAACAAAACCAUUAAUAAUAAUACUACUACUACAACAACAACAACAACUUCAUCGGCAAAUGGGAAAAUAUAUAAGGACAAGUUUAAUUUUGCCUCUGUUGAUUGUGGUGCAACAGUAGUGGAAACAAAUGCGCAAGCCAAGGGAGCAUCUGCCAUACUACGGGAAAAUAAGGAUACAUACUUGUUGAACCGAUGCUCGAUUCCGAAUAAGUAUGUUAUUGUUGAAUUGUGUCAGGAUAUUCUAGUAGGGCAAGUUGUCCUUGGCAAUUUCGAAUUUUUCUCCUCCAUGUUUGAGGAUAUAAGGUUCAGUGUGAGUGAUAGAUUUCCAUCUUCGAAUUGGAAAGAAUUGGGUCAGUUUAAAGCACAAAACAUUCGUGAUCUUCAGUUUUUCAAAAUUGAGAAUCCUUUAAUUUGGGCAAGAUUCUUGAAAUUGGAGAUCUUGAGUCAUUAUGGGAAUGAGUUUUAUUGUCCUCUAUCGCUUUUGAGAGUUCAUGGAAAGACAAUGAUUGAGGAGUUGAAGGAGGAUGAGGAGAAGUUAAAGCAAGAACAAGAUAACGUGGCAAAUGAAGCGUUACAAAAUGAAGUUUCCGAAAAACGUCAAACAAUAAUUGAUGAUGAAUCUUUGCUCUUGAAUGACUCCAUGAAUGAGUGUCCCGUAAUUUUGCCCCAUCUUCGACUAAAUGAAUUUCUCGAGGAUAUAAAUCAUACAUCAGAGAAAUUAUGUUUACCUCAAGAAGAGAUUGUUUCGAGCACAGCAACCAAGCUUGCAGCCACUAUAACUACUCAGGAGUCCAUAUAUAAGAAUUUCAUGAAACGGCUACAACUUCUUGAGUCAAAUGCCACGUUGUCAUUACUUUACAUUGAAGAGCAGCUGAAAUUACUUAGCAUGGCUUUUUCAAACUUGGAAAAACGACAAACUAUACAUUUCAAUAGCUUGAUGAAUUCAGUCAAUUCCACAUUAUUGCACCAACUUGCAUUGUUCAAGGAUUCUUAUAAUCAAUUACAUGAACAAUAUGGGAACUUGUUUAAGUUGCAGGAAAAAAACUAUAAACAGUACUUGACUGACUCGAUUAAACAAAUGAGAAAUUCACACAACGAGAUGGCUUUUCAAAAACGAGUCACUAUUUUUAAUAGUUUGCUUAUUGUUUGUCUACUUGCUUAUUUGGUACUCACAAAGGAUAUCAACAUUGAAGUUCAAGAUCAAAAUAUGGAAGUAGGAGGAGUAGGAGGAGAAGGAAGAGGAGAAAAAGAAGAAAAACUCACUCUCCAAUUGUCUGAACGAGUAAUCAUUUCGAAUCAACGACAAGAAACGGAACCAUUAAAUAACCUGAAAACACACCUGACGGAAAAAUAA